CAGCAUUCCAUUCCAUUAUACCGUUGCGUUUGUUUUGUAGUCUCGCGAUUAGUGAGUGAUACGACAACACAUUGUGAAAAGUUUUACGCAGAAUCGGAAAAGUUUUGAAAAUUUUAUUUGUCUGUUGAAAUCAUGUAAGGAUGUAUGAAUUUCAAGUUUACAGUGCGUGAAGUGCCUUAAACUACUGGAAGUAUAAAAAAAGUGUGUUGUUAUUAAAUGUGUUUGUUGUGUUAGUGCAAUUUUUUAGUAGUUGUGUCUUCACAACAGGUGUCGUAGAUGCACGGGGGGAAUUUAAAUGACCGCAGGGCGCUUGAAAGAGAGGCCCUGCGAAAUGUCAUUAAUCAAUGGAACGCCAAUAGAUUGGAUCUAUUCGAACUUUCCGAACCCAAUGAGGAUCUCGAAUUUCACGGGGUGAUGCGUUUCUAUUUUCAAGAUUCUGGUCAAAAAGUCGCUACGAAAUGUAUACGCGUUGCUUCGGACGCGACCGUCGAAGAUGUCAUCGGUACUCUCGUAGAAAAAUUUCGUCCGGACAUGAGGAUGUUAUCGGUACCGUCUUACGCUCUUUACGAACUCCACGAAGGAUGUCCCGAAAGAAAAAUGGCGCCCGACGAAAAACCACUUUUAGUGCAACUUAAAUGGCAUGUGGACGACAGAGAGGGAAGAUUCUUGUUGAAAAACGUUGACGAUAAAACGACGGGUACGAUGGGAUCACUGGAUUCGAAUGCGAGCUUUCGACGAAAAUUAUCGAAACGAGACAAAAAACAACUGAAAAAACAAGAAAAAAUGUCGAAAAUGAAAUUGGAAAACGGCGAUGCACAUGACAACGACGGCGUUGCGGAAAAGCUAUAUACUGAGUUACCUGAAACAUCAUUUACUAGAUCCAUAUCGAAUCCCGAAGCAGUUAUGAGGAGACGAAGGCAGCAACAACUAGAGAAAAAAUUACAACAAUUUCGAUCAAAAGACGGGGGUCCCGAUACCGGUGGUACUCUGAAGAUUUACGGAGAGGCUCUUUGUAAAGACGUACCGUAUAAAACGUUGUUGUUGUCGGUUCGGGAUUGUGCGGGUACUGUAGUGCGCGAAAUGUUAGACAAAUACGGCCUUACGCGAACAGAUCCGUCUCUUUGGUGUCUUGUUCAGGUGACCCAACAACCCGGGUGUCCUGACACCGAAUACAUUCUAGACGACGACGAGUGCCCGUUGAAUAUCCUUAUGACUUCUCCAAAUACUGGCUCCAUAAUGUUUCACGUGAGGAGAAGACCUGCGGAUUGCGCUCCGAGAAAAAGAAAAAAGAAACCGGGAGCUCUAGGUCAAGCGGCUAGCACCCGCGACGUCCGAGGAGAUACCGCACCAUUGCUCGUCGAACUAGGACCUGACGGAUCGGCACCUCAUCCAGGCGAUACCGCUAGAACAAUCAGACUAACCAACGAUGUCAUGGAGGUCGGUUCGGCUAACGGUAUAGCUCUUCAAUUAUACGGUCCUCAUAUUCAACCCCGUCAUUGUGUUAUCACGAUAAAUGCCACAGAUGGCGUAACAUCGUUGACGCCUUGCCAUGCGGACGCCCAUACCUACGUCAACGGGCAACGUAUCCAUCAAACGACGAUCCUCCAACACGGCAGCCUUGUAAAGUUUGGUCACAGCAAUACUUAUAGAUUCCUGGAUCCGGCUCACGAAGAUAGAACCAGGCCGGCUUUUGGUAGUUCUGGUGGAUUGGAUAAAAUCGGUGGGAGGAUGUACGAUAGUAGUCGUUCACCACGUGCUUUAAGCCCGACAGAUCAAUCUAGAGAAAAUAUCGAAACCACUUUUGAUUUGGAUGGUAACGUAGAAACAGUUUCAACUGCAAGCGGGGCUAGAGAGGAUAACAGAUCCUUGGGAUCGUCUUCUGAGAAUCGGUUAAGCGGUCUCGAUAGGUAUCCCCGGGGUCAAGAUCCCAUACUACCAGCCGUACUAGAGUUCCCGGAAGAGCCUCAAGAACAAUUUUUAGCCAGGGUGAUUACUCAUCUGGAUGUAACGACACCGACAUUCCGGCUAGCUCCAGCUUAUACUCUUUAUUUAUGCGCCAGGUAUAGAGCAUCGACGCAUUAUCGACCAGAAUUGACACCGACAGAACGGGCUCACAAAUUGACUUUACUAUUACAACACGCAGCUAUGUUAAUAAGACAUACUGUUCAAGAUCGCAGCACAGAAAGUACUUCGCAAGCGUUCUGGUUAGCCAACGCUAGCGAAUUACUUCAUUUUCUAAAAUCCGACAGACACGUGAGUGCGUUUUCAUUGCAAGCUCAAGACACCCUAGCAGACGCUGUCCAAUUGGCAUUUAAAAAUCUCGUAGCGUGCUUAACAGACGAAUUAAAUUCGGCCUUAAAUUAUUUGAUGUCGUUAACAGGAGACGACCACCCGAGGGAAAUCAUCAACGUUCUAAGUGGUGCUAUGAAUCUUUUGAGGAAAUGUAGAGUAAACGCGGCUUUGACUAUACAGUUGUUCUCUCAAUUGUUCCAUUGGGUAUCGGCAAAGGCACUUUCUACAGUUAUUAGUAACGCUAAUUUAUGCACAAGAAGUUUUGGUCAAAAAUUAUUCAACAGACUGAGGAAUCUACAAGCUUGGACGGAAUCGCAGGGAUUGGAAUUAGCGGCCGAGUGCCAUCUUGCGAAAAUUGUACAAUGCGCCCAUCUACUUCAAGCUCCCAAAAGUGUUCCUGAAGAUUUAGCCAACCUUUCAGCGGCGUGCUUCAAAUUAAAUUCAAUGCAACUAGGAACAUUAUUGAUGCAAUACAAGGCCGAAUCUGGUGAAAAAAUCGCGUCACCUUCCCUCCUCGAACAGGCAGCUAAAGCAGCCGAAGGUGUAGCAGACGAAUUAGCGAGAGCAGAAGGUCGAGAAGUUACUCUGUACGAAGAUCCUGCUCCAACUCUACAAUUAUUAUUACCCGAUGAUGGUUUCAGUUGUGACGUUGUUCAAGGUGUACCACCUGGUUUGGCUGACUUUUUACAUCCUCUACAAGCUUCCGGUUUAUGUAGGCUGGCCGCUCAACCUACCAGUUCAGGACAUUGGACAGUUUAUAUGACGGCUCCUAGACCUCCUAGUGCUCUAAGCACAACUCAACCGGAGGUUCAAGUUAUACGUUUACAUAAAGCCGGUGGCGGUAUGGGUCUAUCGAUAGUGGCGGCUAAAGGUGCAGGUCAAGAACGUUUAGGUAUUUAUAUAAAAUCCGUAGUACCUGGAGGAGCUGCCGAUAGAGAUGGACGCUUAGCCGCUGGUGAUCAAUUGUUAUCUGUCGAUGGACAAUCUUUGUUGGGUAUAACGCAAGAAAAAGCAGCCGAAUUCCUGCAAAGGACUAGUAGUAUCGUAACUUUAGAAGUGGCUAAAGCUGGAGCUGUUUAUCAUGGUUUGGCGACUCUAUUGCAACAACCAAGUCCGACACCGCAUCGAGGUCCGAGACGGAUGUCGGAACGCGAUCUACCGUCUAGGGUAGAUUCGGAACGUUCUAUUCCUUCUUCAAAAUCAGUUCCCGCCCUUCACCAAAUCCAUUCUCCUAUCGUUAACGAUCAGCAAUCAACGAGAUCCAAUCCCGCUGCUACUGCUGACGUUUACAGCCGUACUUCUUCGAACAAUAGUAUCAACAAUCAAAACGGUUCUUCGAUAAGAAGUAGAUCAACACACAAUUUACACCAACAGGAUGGAGGGUUUUAUCAAAAUUUGAGCGUUUACAGGAAUAAAAUUCCCAGUCCUCAACAAUUAGGAGAUAGAACGUCGGCUCUUCGAAGUUCUCAGAAUUCACUUCAUUCAUCGAUAGCUAAUUCUCAACGACCUUCUUCGGCGUAUUACCCCCCAUCCUCAUCGGUAAAUAAUCCACGUCCAAAUAAUCUUCACCAGUCGAUACCAAAUCUGAAAAACCCUCCGAAUAUUUAUAGACUACAGAACGAAGAGUCUUCUCGUACAGGAUCGUAUCCCAAUGUCCAGUACGGUCAAAAUUAUUACCCAACUUAUCCUAAAAACAAUUAUCCUAAUCCCGAAGAGAUCAAGGUGCCUUAUAAUAAUCCCUAUUCAGGACAGAAUCAAUCGUUUCCUAGUCCCACGCAUAGUUCCAUGCAGGGAUACUCCAACAACUUACACCCUAAUAUAAGACACGAUGAAAGAGGACCAGAAAUUAGAUAUAACGGUGGCGGAUUGCUUCGAGAAGAUGUUAUUAGACAGUCCCAAAAUUCCAGACACGACGAGAUGAUGAGGUAUCCGAGUCAAGGUAAUAUACGAAUUUCUGAGGCGCAGAUACAAAAUAGUGACUUAUCUCGUUAUAACGAAAUUAGAUCGUCAAAAAGCGAAGAUCUACUCAAACAACACGCACAACAACAUCCCGAACUGACCAGAUAUGCUAGCAGCGGAAAUAUCAGAGACGGGAAACAAUUAGACUUACCCCAACUGAGACAGAGUCACGAUCAGUUGUCACACAAUAGACUCAACAAUGAUGACAGAAACCUUAGAGGUGCAGCAAAAUUAGUCGAAAUGUCAGAAGAAGUUAGAAGGCGGCAAAAUCGUGUUCAAUACGGUCAACCGCAACAACAACAACAACAAAAUGCAUACUACAAUCAACAACAGUUACAACAACAACAACAAUUGCAACACCAACAACAAUAUUACAAUCACAUGAUGUCUCAGAAUGCGCAAAGUAUGCAAAAUUUAAGUAUCAACCCUCAUUAUGGUCAACAACCUGGAUCUUAUGGUCAACCGAAUCCUCUUUCUCCAAGCUAUAACACUAAAAUUCCACCCGUUGCCCCGAAACCGCUAAGAAAAGAUGACUUACCACCAGAACUACCGCCUUCCACGACACACCCUCUUUAUCAAGCGAGCACUCAAGAUCCGCCGAAGAUGGCGUUUUAUCCUACUUCUGGUCCUUCGUCUUCGAAACCACCGAGAGAUCCUUGGGCACGAGAAGAGCAAGAAAGACAACAAGAAGCCCGCAGAGAAGCGGCCAGACAGUGGCAAGAACAACAGAUUAGAGAACUUGCGGCUCUACCAUACAGGACGGUACAACAGGAAGAGCAAUUGAGGGUGUUACAAUUGGAGAGGGAGUUCCAAAGAAGAGCUAUGGAAGCUGCAGAAGAAGGAGAUGAAGAUACGGAGAAGGAAAGUCUGACGACUCCACAAGGCUCACCUCAAACUGUCCCAAAUCAACCACUGACAAAUACAGCACCACCUACCUUGAUCUCCAAUACUAAACAAGAACCGUCUCAACUACCUCCAACGUCGAUUCUUAAGCCGAACAUGACCAACAAUGUUCAACAACAAACACAACAACCUUCACCUCCAGAGGUCGAUAGUGCGCCACCACCUCCUGAAAGGGGAUCUAGUUUCACUGUAAUGUCAAUGAGGACUAAAGAGUCGACAAAGAGAGUAUCCUUCAAUGAUGCUUCUGCUGCUGCUGCUACUAAUUCGGCGAGUCCUAUACAACCUCCUAACACUUUACAGUUAGAGGAAACUAUACGGGAAGAUCCCAAUAGCUUCAUUCGUCAAGCUGAAUCAAUGUUGGCAUCUCCCACGACGCCCACCGACGUUACAUCGGGAAUUACGAACGCGACUCCAGGUGUAAUUGGCGCACAAGAAGUUUACAGAGACCCAAGAGCGAGACGAUUAGCAGAACAGGCACAGCGCAAAGAUCAAAAUCUUAAUGCGGCGGUGCCGGAAAAACUUUCGUUUAAAGAAAAAAUGAAGAUGUUCGCCAUGGAGACGGGCGAACAAGAAACCCCGAAGGAUAAGAGUAAAAUUAGUAGGGCGCAGAGAGACAUCGACGGUUUAGGUUCUCCAAAUUUGGUGCAUUAAAAUUUGAAAAAUAUCAACUAAUUUUAAACAAUUUAUUAAUCGAGCCAUAAAAUCGAACUUAUUAUAAAAAUUAUUCAUAUUUUUCAAAUUUAUAACUUGAUUAUAUUUUUUUAAUUACUUUGAAGCAGUUAAUUAUCACUUACCGACAGAAUUAUCCAUUAAAAAAUUUAUAAAGUUGCUAGUUAACAGAAUUGUUUUUUUUAAUUUCUUUCUGGGAUUACGUAUAAAUUAAUACAAAAUCUAACACAUGCUCUGAAUUCGAUGUACAUCAAUUUGCACAUGGCGAACAAAGUGUAUUUUACUCUUCGUAACUUGAUAACCACAAGUGAAAUAUUAGAGUUAUUGCAUAUAAAUCAGUUAUACAAUGAUGCCUGUUCUCCAGCUAUUCUGCAUCUUUAAGUCCCAUCUCCUCUGUUUCUUCAUUUAUUCUAUUCAUCCAGCUUCUUCUUUACUGGUUUUUACUCAAUGGAUAACUCUUUUUCCCCAUUCUCUGUAUUCAUUCAUUCUAGAUCAGUUAUUUAUAUCUUAUAACUACCAUUUGUGUAUAUUUGGGUUUAAUGAUCUCUCUGAUCAUCCCCAUUGUAUAUCUUCGUGCUGUUAUUUGUCAAAGAUCCACUUCUUCAAACUUCAACAUCUUCUCUGUUCACACCUCUAAACUGUUUGUCGUGAUAUUCUCUAUAAUGGUGUUGUAGAUCCUUUUUCACUGCCCUUUAUCCCAAAGUAUAUCGCCUCUCUUAUACAAUCCAUAUUUUUAUAGUUUUUCGAUAUCACUACUUGAUUGUUCUCAACAUUCUGAGUGUAUAGAUGGUGCUAGCUAAGCCAUAAACUCAUAGUCUUACAUUUACUCUUUGGCUACAUGUAGCAUCCUCAUUUAAGUCCAUUAGCUAAUAGAAGCUCAUUGUUUAUAGUGUUAUUUUUGUGGACGUCCCCGUAUAUAACAGAUUAACUGCUUUUAUCAGCAAUUAAUACAUCUAUUCAGUGGUUUCAGAUAAUUUGGAGAGUCUUUUUGGUUUUACAGCAACUGUGUAUCUAUACCUAGAAGAUAUAAUACUCAACAUAUCAUUGUUCUGCUUUCAAUAAUAAUCAAUGGUCAGUGUCAUACGCUUUUUUUGGGUCUAUAAAUAGAAGAUCAUAUUACAGUAAUCUUCUCAAUUGAGUUUUGAAUGUAAAAUCGAUUCAAUUACAUUCCUAAAUUGGAAUGUCACUAAACUACAGUUAAUUUUUAAAAAAAUUAUAUUUUAUUCCCAAGAGUAUUUUCAAUAUUCUUCGUUCAGGUAAAGCAAAACAACACACCACCACUACAUCAACACUCACAAUUUCACUGUCUGACGCGCGGUUUAGUGUCUGAAGACGUUAACUUGGUUAUCGAAACGUGCGUCAGACAGUGUUAGUGUGUUGGUGUACUGGUAGAGUAAACAGUGUGUUCAGUAAGAACUCCAGAAGUUAUUCCAUCCCAUGUCAUCACCAAGUUAACUAAUUCUUUUGGAUAAAAAUGGUUUCAGAAGUAACUUUAGCUAGUUGAACCAAUAGCAUCUCAAAAGGUCUUACCACUUUGUUUCAUUCUGUAUAAAAUGUUGUGUUGUGGUGGAAACAGGUGGUGUUGAUUUUAUUGAUUGUUGAAAACUCGUACAAUUUUUCAAAUCAUGGUUUAUAACUAUUAAAAAACCGAAGGACCACCAGAAUAUGUAAAAAUAUUUCAAAACUCAAAUAUAUGAGAUAAAUUCGAAAACUCACUGGUAGGCAGAACAAAGGUUAAUUUUUUCACUUACACUAACUAUAAAUCACAAUUAAGUAAUGAAGAUAAUUAACAACAUACAAAAUAAUGAUUAUUGGAAGUAAUUAACCUUAAUUGGUUUCCCUUUCCACCUAUACUACAUUUGAAUUGUUACUUUUACACUUAUAUUCAGUUUUUUAAAAAUUCGAUUUUGAAAUAAAAAAUUUGUUAACAAGCAAAUUUCAACAAUUGUUUUGCAUGGAUCAAUUAUUUUGUCGGAAAGUGUACAUGUUAUUCAAUUUUUCUAAGCAUCUAUGUUAUGCAUAUCUACCAACUAAUAUCUAAUAUACCGUCCAAUACGCAGCUGUAGCGAAUUUACAACGACCAAAAAUAAUAUUCCAUAUAUACAGGAUGUCCUAAUUUUAAGAAAAUGUUUUAAUCUUCUAUAUAGUACGUUAUAAGUUUAUUUACUUUUUUUAAUGAACUGGGGUCUCCAAUUCCUUUAAUAAUGUCACUAUAUAAUUUUUUACAAAAAUAUUAGUUUAUAUUUUUUGUAUUUUAACCAAGUUUUGAUUUUUUCUGGUUGUGAUGUAUGGUUACGUUGAGCUCAAGUAUUAUGCCGACUCGGAAGAUUAAUGAAAAUAGAGAUUUACAUCAAAGGGGAAUACAUGGUUUAAAAUGAACGACGUCUUCUGGAUCACUCAAUUUAUAAUUACACUAUACAAUUUCUAUCUACACUAUUGUAUACUAACCUAACAUUGUAUACUAACGGCAAAUUUGAACGCAUAUAAUCCUCUAAUCAAACAAAUGGCAUUUCGUAUACUUUACAAUAGCCGUAGAUUUUGAAGACAUCAAGCCAUAAAAGAAACUGUGACAUUUUAGGAACAUUUUGGAUACCUCACUCUGUAUCAGCGCAAAUUUUGAACGCAUGAAAUCCUUCAAGUAAACAGUGACAUUUGACAGGAAACUUCAGUUUCUUCACUUUAUACUAGCGGCAAAUUCGAACGCAUCAAACCCUCCAAUCAAACUGUGACAUUUGACAGGAUGUUUCAAAUAUGUCACUCUAUACCAUAUAUGCAGUAAAGCCUGCAAAGAAAAAAGUGACAUUUGACAAGAAAUUUUAGAUACUUCACUCUAUACUAGCGAAAAAUUCGAAUUCAUCAAACCCUUGAAGUAAACUGUGACAUUUGACAGGAGAGUUCACUCUACACCAACGCCUCGCUUGGCGAUUGUAUAAUCGACUUUACAGAUACCCCAAAACUUUGGUAUUUUAAUAUAAAUUGGUAGCUAUAAUGGGACAUCCUGUACUAUUUGUUUAUACGGUGUGUGAAAAUAAUUUGCAUUAUGGGAAAUGUUACAAAAUGCAGGUAUUAUUCUUUUUAUUUUAUUGUUAUGAUAGGUAUGUAAAUAGGUGAUGUUUUUUCUCCUGUAUUGCGUAUUAUUUGCAUCACUGUGUGUACAUUUUUUUCCUAUACUUAGUGGCUUAUAAAAAAGUGAUGGCUGCGAAGUGAAUCCUUUGAACGUUUUCUCUAAUAAAAGUGUCUAUUAUACAUUGUACUAUAUAUAAUAUAUAUCAUAGAAUCCCUAUUUUUUGUCGAUUUUUACUUGAAAAAAAUUAUUCCUUUUAGGAUUAGAUUUUUUGGAUAUUUUAAAUUUUUUCGAAGCAAUAUUAACUUUUAAAAAUAGUAGCACAUACGGACCAAAUGUUAUACUGUAAUUAUUUAUAACCUUUUGAGAAAGAGAGUAGUUGCCAAGAAAUUUUCUUUUUUUUUUUAAUUUUCGAAAAGUAAGUCUCGAUUUUCAAGUCAUUAUUUUGAUAAAUUUUGAGGCAUAAUCUGUCAUAAAUUUAAGUAAAUUAUUCUAAUAUUGAAUGUUGAAAUUAAUUAAUUGGACAACUCAGUGAAAAAAAAUUCAUUGAGAUUAUACAGGGUACAUAUGAAAAUGUUACUUAAGGACCUAAUUGUAGUCCUUAUUUAUCUGCUGGGUGGUAUAUUACUCAAAUUCUCACGAUAGUAUGGACCAAAAAUGAGAAUUUAUAAAUAUCGCUUGGACUCUUGUUAUCACCUAAGUGUUUUAUGAACAAAAAUUUAAUCACUCCCUUCUAUAUAAUAUGGGAAAAUAUUCAUAUGUUAAUUAAUUUAAAAAAGAAAA